AAAACAAGACUGAAAAUGAGUCCUCUGUGGGCUCAGCAGGAUCAGCAGCGCGAUACCCCCUCCUCUGCUACAGUGCCUAAUGUUUACGAGUUAUGCAUAUGAUGAGAGUCUGGGAAGAAGCCUGGAAAACAGGAGUUUUGUUUGGUUAAAAACAUGAGCUAGAGUACAGGGUGGACAAGCAUGAUGCCACAAUUUGAUGCAAGAUGCUUAUGACUUUCUGCCUGAAGAGGAAGGUCCGCACAAGUUAAAACAUUCUCAAUCUGGAACAAUGUGUCUGGUUUAUGACGCCUAUUAAUUACUCUCAUUGUAGCUCUGAUUUGGCUUCCGUCAACUCCAGACAAAAAAAGUCUGGCCCUACAGCUCAUAAAUGCACCAUUGCGUUCCCCAGCUGGUUUCUGAUACUGUCUGUCUGCUGUUUAGUCCCAGGCAGGUACUGUACAUUUGGUUUUUCAGAGCUUUCUUGCUGAAAACAGGUGUUUGAAAAAGGGGUUGAAGAUAGGACUGAGACUGAACCAAAAUAUUAAAGCUGCAGGCCAUAAAACCAAAACAAUGAGCUGAGAGAUGCUAAAAUAUUCUGUAAUGCCGAGGGAAACCGCAGAGUCUGGUGGUGAUUUUCUAUUGGUGCAACCCCUUUCAUAUUGCACAUAGUGAUUUGAUCUACUGUUAAAAGUAUCCAUUUGUGCAGUUCCAAAAGAAAACUACAAGUCAAAGUACAAUAUUUUUGCAAUUUCUAGAUCUAAAGGCAUUGCAGACUCUAUGAGCAAGAUGGAGGUAACUGACCAUUAAUGGCAGCCCAGAUAAAAUAUGUCUAUAAUGGAUGUGAUGAUGAAGCUUUGAACCUGUUGUCAUGGAAGUUAUCAACUGGGAAGGACAGAUACAUCUCUUAUCUUUUAUAAGAUUGUUCCUGCCUCCUUAGUCCUCUGGUCGACCAAUGACAUUGGAUGUUCCAGGUCUCUUAUAUCACUGAGGACCAAGGAGCCAGGGCCAAGGACUUUGCUGGAGGAGCCAUGACUGAAGACACAAGACCAUCCUUUGCGGACGUUUUUUGUGAACUGACACGCCACUUUAUCAAAAAUCAGUUGGGGAUCUGAUGCUUCAGAUGAAGGAUCUGAGGAAAGGACAUCUCAUGUCAGUCAUAAUGUGUUUCCUCGAGUCCUUUCUCCUCACGUAUUUUUCCUGGCAUCUUACAAGACUAAGACACAAAGAAAAGACACAAGUGAGGGAAAUUACUUGAGAUGUACAUUUUCUCCAAGUCCUUUGAGACAUACUUUGAUGAGGAUGGGUGAUAUAAACAAUCUUGAUAUCUUUGACCUUUAAAAUGACGUCCACAGUAUUUGUGUUACAUUUGGAUGAGACCAGAACUAGUACAGUAUGGAGUACAUGCACUACCGUAGCUAUGAGUGUAUAGGCAUAAAAAGGCCUUUAACCAAUGAACCUUUCUUCCCUACAUUCCCUACAGCCGUUGGUCAUAGGUUCAGUCCUGUGCCAGAUGUUCCACAUCCCUAGAUCAUUUCACUUACUCUAGACAGAACUGGAGUUUAUCUGAGAGUCCUUAAUCACAGGAAGACAUUUCAUCAUUCUAUAGUGAUAAACAAAGUGAUUGGGUAGGGGUGAAAAUGAUGAUGCCUCUGUUCACAGAUAGAGAGCGCCAUCGUGACAGCACCCGUGUUCUUUAUAGCUUUUAUCUACCUCUGCUUUUUAUAGUCAGGGGUCCUUCAUGUGACUCUUCCCUGCACGCUCGGAGCAUGUGAAAGGCAAAGAGGCUGUCUCAGAGGAAAUGACUUCACAACAAAUAGCACUUCAGGGACCAGAGAGUAUAUGCAAAAUCAGUUGGAGUGAGAGUAAGAAAGGCGAUCUGGAGGACCAAGUCAGGCAGCGGCUUAAUGUUUAUACACUGGAUGAACUUGGAGAGGAAGUAAUUAUAGAGCACGGUCUGAAGUUGAUGAACAAAAUGCUCCGUAAGAUCAGGAGUGAAGGAAGGGGGGAGGGUUGGAGAGAAUCAGGCAAUCUGUCACGCUUCUCCUCACCGUAAAUCAGACAUCCAUAUUUAGCUGUAGAGAGGGAAGGCCUAGCAGUAAUGUAAACAAAGCCUGGGAGAGAGAGGAAGGCAGGGAGAGUACAUCAACACUAAUGUUUGAGUCUAUUGCCUGGGACAGCAGUCAGCAUGGACUUUAGGAAAAGACAAGAAAAGGGUUGAUUAGAUUUCAAAUAAAGGUUAAAAAUCUGGUAGAGAGGGCAGUUAGUUGACUUUUGAAGAGAUUCUGGUUCUCUUUGUGGAUUUCUUAAAACUGCUUUAUUGAGAGUUUUAACAAGAAGGUUUGAAGUGGACAUGAGCAGGCCCAGGUUUGGUUCAAAUGUAAGGAAGUGAGGACUGGAGCAAAGAAACUUGCUACGUAUAGAUUUGGAAAAUCAAGAUGGAUCAUCACCAUAUGUUACGUCACAAAAACAUCAUUGUAAAGUUGAGCUGAGAAAUCAGGGAGAAACACAUCAGAAACAGUUCCUGGAUCAAAGUUCCUAAAGAGAGAGCCAGCAAAGGAGCUAACUAUUUGACCUGUGAUCAUCCUCUGCUCACCAUGAGUGACCUGUGCUCUGAGAGCUCUGAGGACGAGCAGUCUGAAGUGGAGGAGAGCCCACAGGAGCAAAGGGUGACCAGGCUGCCAAUCAUUCAGCUCAUGCCCAGGUCCCCAGGUGGAUCCCCAAAGAGCUCACCCAAGGAUUCCCCACGGGCAUCUCCCCGAAAUUCCCCGCUACUCUUCAGAAAGCUGCUGAUGAACCGCAGCAUCAACCUGCAGAGGCGCCGCUUCACUCUGGCCCACACGCCCAGUUUUGAUGUGGAGAAUGGAUUGACAAUGAGGCGCAGCCCCCUGGACUCCCAUGCCAGUCCUGGCUCUGGUCUGGUUUUACAGGCCAACUUUCCUCACAGCCAACGGCGGGAAUCUUUCCUCUACCGCUCCGACUCUGACUUUGACCUUUCACCCAAAGGUCCUUCCAGAAACUCCUCUACUGCCAGUGAGCUGGAAGAAAGCUUGAAGCACUGGGAGGUCAACUGGUUGUCGUCUCGACAUACAGAAGACAUGAUUGUCACACCAUUUGCACAAGUCCUCGCCAGCCUGAGGACAGUUCGAAGUAACUUUGCUAUCAUAACCGGCCAGCAAGAUCGUACAGCCAGCAAGACGCGAUCCUCAGGCAGCAACCCACCAUCCAUGUGCAAGACCAGCCUCGCAGAAGAGCCUCACCAGCAGUUGGCCAUAGAGACUCUAGAUGAGCUGGACUGGUGUCUGGAACAGCUGGAGACGCUGAAAACUCGACACUCUGUCAGCGAAAUGGCUUCAAACAAGUUUAAGAGGAUGCUGACCCGUGAGCUCACUCAGCUGUCAGAAACCAGCCGUUCAGGGAACCAGGUGUCUGAGUUCAUCUCUAGCACCUUCCUGGAAAAGCAAGAUGACAUGGACAUCAUGGCUCCCCCCACCAAGGAGAAGGACAGGAAGAAGCGGCCCAUGUCCCAGAUCAGUGGUGUGAAGAAGGGCACCCACAGCCCCAGCCUCGCACCCUCGACCAUCCCUCGCUUUGGGGUCAAGGCCAGUCAGGAAGAACUCCUAGCCAAGGACCUGGAGGACAUUAAUAGAUGGGGCAUGGAUAUCUUUAAAAUUGCUGAGUAUUCUGGAAAUCGCCCACUCACGGUCACCAUGUACACCAUUUUCCAGGAACGUGACCUUCUAAAGUCCUUUAAGAUUCCUGUGGACACUUUUAUUACCUUCAUGAUGACACUGGAGGAUCAUUACCACUCUGACGUGGCUUACCACAACAACAUCCACGCUGCAGAUGUGGUCCAGUCCACACAUGUGUUACUGUCCACACCUGCACUAGAGGCUGUGUUUACCGAUCUGGAGAUCCUCGCCGCCCUGUUUGCCAGUGCCAUCCAUGACGUGGAUCACCCUGGAGUUUCUAAUCAGUUUCUCAUCAACACCAACUCAGAGCUGGCCUUAAUGUAUAAUGACUCAUCUGUGCUGGAGAAUCACCACCUGGCUGUAGGCUUUAAGCUUCUGCAGGACGACAACUGUGACAUCUUUAAGAACCUCAGCAAAAAACAGAGACAGUCGCUGCGCAAAAUGGCCAUCGACAUGGUGCUGGCCACAGAUAUGUCUAAACACAUGAACCUAUUAGCAGACCUGAAAACCAUGGUGGAGACUAAGAAAGUCACCAGUCUAGGAGUUCUUCUGCUGGACAACUAUUCGGACCGCAUUCAGGUUCUACAGAACAUGGUGCACUGUGCAGACCUGAGUAACCCCACCAAGCCUCUUGAGUUGUACCGACAGUGGACAGACCGCAUCAUGGUGGAGUUCUUCACCCAGGGCGACAGGGAAAGGGACAAGGGCAUGGAGAUCAGCCCCAUGUGUGACAAACACAACGCUUCCAUAGAAAAGAACCAGGUUGGAUUUAUUGACUACAUUGUUCACCCUCUGUGGGAGACGUGGGCUGACCUGGUCCACCCUGAUGCUCAGGAGAUUCUGGACACACUGGAGGAUAACAGAGAGUGGUACCAGAGCAUGAUCCCCCACAGCCCUUCACCCAACCCCGAGACCCAUGAAGAGAGAGCCCUUACACGAGAAGCUUCAGUGCUUGGCGGGGGUGGUGGCUCCACUUCCACCGAUAAGUUCCAGUUUGAGCUGACUUUGGAAGAGGAAGGAGAGUCAGACACUGAGAGUCCAUCUGAGGAAGAGGAGGGCUGCAGAAGCAGUAAGGGGCCUGAAGUCUCCAGAACUGAUUCUGGCAGUGGAUUGGAUGAGGUGUCAGCUGUAACUCACCAGCUCCCCAGACUGUUCACCUCUGAUUCUGGCAGGACAUUUUCUUUAGACUCUGAUAAAGAUAUGGCAGAACACAGAGAAACAGACCCAGAAGGCAUCUCUGGGGGACCACGCUUCAGAAUUGGCACAUAGCACCAGUCAAAGGUUGUUUUUCUUUUGGCCUUUUUUGAUUAUUUUUCUCGAUUUUGGUGCCUCGUCCCCUGUCACUCCCCUUCUUCCACUCCAAACAAACACCACCACCUCUGGUUUCUGCAGACAGGGUGACAGCAAGUGUCAGGGAGUGGGGAGUGUGGGCAGCUGCGGGGGCUUUUAAGAAAGUCUGCCGUUUUACACAGCAGUCCCUUGCACUGGAGUGAGACAAACUAAAUGAGGAUGGGAAACUGAGUUUCUGACCAGUCCUUUGUGCUCUGUGUCUUUCACUAAGACAUGCUGUGGAUAAAGUUCUACAAAGGCAAUGAAGAGUUUCAAAAACUUCCCUGUUUAACAGCCAGCCCAAGCCCUUCUACAGCUCAUGACAGAACUCUCUUCCUCUUUUGGAAUAUCUGUGUAGAAAGUGAGGAAGUGAUGAAUGGCUCUUGAAACAGUCUUGUAAGACAUCUUGCCAAACUUGCAAUUUACAGGGACUGUUUUGCUUGCGUUUUUACUUUUUGUGAAUUCUGUUGUGUUUUAUUUAAGUCCACACACAGUAAAUGAAGAUGCAGUAAAUAGCAGACUUUAAAGCAGUGUAAGUGAAGUAAUGGCUGAAAGGAGCUAUGCAUGAUUUUAUGCAGGAAACUUUAAAUGUAGCAAAACAUUAAGCGUGACUAUCAUUACUGUAUACAUUGCCCAGCCCAGUGAAUUGUGUUCAGUUGAUAGGAAUAUUAUUAUAAUGAGCUGGUAGUACAUAUUAUUUUAAAGAUGUUUCAAUGUACUCUUCCUAUUUUUACAAUCCUAAAGAGAGAUUUUGUCAGCAGCUGAACUGAGCCAGGCACAGCGAAGUUGUGUUGCACUUGGCUGUGCAUGCGGUGCCUCCCAGUGAUGACAAGUGGAACUGAUGUUUUGGCACUGCAGGUACAUGAUUUGCAUGGUUUUGGCCCAUAUGGAAAAUAUAUUCAAAACACAUUUAACUGUAGGACUACCCAAAAUAUCAGUUGUUUGUUUUAUUUUUGGUUACUUUUAUUCUUGUUAUUUGGCACCCAUUUUAUUAUUUUGCCAUCAUGUUUUGCACUUUAUAGUGUUUCUCAAUAGCUAGCUCUCACUGUGGCUUUAAAGGGCUUGAGCCAAAACAUGAACACACUGGAGAUAAUUGACUGAGAGACUGUUUGUCAUUGCUAUCAAGCAAUCAGCACAAACAUCAUGCAAAACCUAACAACAACAGUACAGCUGCAAAUGCAUUACAAUUUACAUUCAAAUCCAUAAACAUCACUGCUUAAUGUCAAACACUGCAUACACCAGCCUAAAUACAGAUUCUGGUAGCAUCCACUUAUAUAAAACUCUAACUGUAAAGAGACCAUUUCCUGUGCCAGAAUUAUUUUCAUAUUUUCAAUUAUUUUUCACUGAUCAAUUUUUCGCUCUUCACAGGGACGUAGGCGAUGAUAAAACAAGUGCCAAGCAAGCAUGACACAACCCGUACUGUAAUUUCCAUUUUGCUACUGGCUACUUUCCAUCGGUGACUGAUAAAGUUGAUUGUAGCGCUCUGUGUUCCAGUCGGACCCUAACGUCUCUGUUUCUUUUUUGUAACUUCUGUUCAAAAGUAACUGAACUGAUACUGUCUUAAAAGCACUGAAGUGCUUUUUUGUGAGUGAAUGACUGAGUUGACUUUUUUUGAUGUAUUUACUAAGAAAAAAAUAAACCAAAGCACUUUGUAUGGUACUUCUACAGUUCUGCACUUCCAGUACAAGUGAACAUGUAUAAUGUGACAGUUUCACUGUUUUUCUGUUGGCACAUGGUGAAUAAGUUGAAUUGCACGGGCUGGACCACUACAGCUCUCAAAGAUUAGAUGAUGUUUUUUUUUGUUUGUUUUGCUGCUUUUUUUUAUAAUUGGCUGUAUUGUACUGAAAUGCAUGACUGAUUGCAGGUUUUACAGAUUAUGAAGAGAGUAUAGAGGACUUACAAAACUUAUCCUGUGGAGAAAGUUGUUUAAUUGUAUUGUCAUAAAACAGAGUAAAUGUUUUAAUAUGUGAGUGAACUGAACGCUUUUUUUACACCUUAUUUUCAAAUUUGGGUUGUUUUUUUUUCUGGUCAUAGUUGUGACGUAUUAUAGUAAAACAUGUGCAAUCCUCACUGUAGCCAUAUACAACACCAAACAGACCAACACUCAAGGAUGCCUUCAAGACUAAGGACUAUGUAACAACAGCUUAACCAGCACAACAUGCAAAGCCUGUCUCCCUGCAUGUCACUAAUUGUUUUGUACAUUUUUCUCAUAGUGCUUCAUGUAUAGUUUAUUUAUUAUUUCUGUAUUACCUGAGGCUGAGUUUUAGUAUUAACAUGUAGCUAUUAACAUGUGUGAUAACGUCGAACAGGAAAGAUUACAACUAUGACUCUGCUUGUUUUCCUUCUGAUUUCAUUACUUUUUGCAUGCAAAUAACAUUGUGCAUAAGCAAAACUACUCACUUUUGUGUUUAUUUUGGUAUAAAAAGAGGCAGAUUUCAGUCUAGAUUUUCUUUAGAAUCUCUCCUUUCCUGUCUUCCUCUGUUUCCACUGAUUUCCCAGAUCACAUAUUCAUGUAGGAUCUUACAAUAAGGAUGCUGAUCUGAGGCUUUUUUGAUUCAUAGUGAAAGUGUAGUCAUAUGACCUCAACAGUCAUCCUAGAUCAGCAUUUCUUUUCUUAGAGACUUUAUAAAUAUGGGUCAUGAACUGAGCCUCUGCAGCUCUGACAAUCCAAACUCUGCUGUUUAACUGCAGGUGUGUUAGCCCUCUCUCCAACUAGAACUGU